UUCGUUGACAAUUAUGUAACAAUUAGAAGGAAGUGAUUUCGGCCGUCGGCUCGUCCGCCUGACCGUCUGUAUGAACGUUGAGAUCUCAAAAACUAUAAAAACUAGAUAUCUAGCGCAGUCAAUCUGGCCAUAUCCAAUAGUCUGAAUUCAGUUGAAAGGCGAUUGAACGAUUCUUGGUGGUAUUGGGUAUUGGGCCUCCCUCAACGACCCACUUAAAUAUAAAUAUAAAUAUAUAUGUUGAAUGAAUAACUUUUCUCGUAUGUAUAAACAUGAUUCUCAACCCUUUGGAUGCAAUUUGUGACCGUAAGCGGCCCGAUGCAGUUUGCGUUUCGAAUUUAAAAAAUGCUAAAAGGGUCGACAAAGGCGUUUUGGUUGAACGCCCUGAUGUGAAAAUCUUUUUACCCUUCAGAUUUUUUGUAUAUGAGCCAAAGGCUCUAUUUAUACCAAAUACCUACAAUCGAUUUUUAGUUGUGCCUAGUGGGGAUCAUCUGACAUCUUUGGUCGAUGAAAUAUCAUACAUAUCACCACCGGCACCCCCCCUUUCACAAAUUGACGACAUUCCACCCGAAUACUUCUGCAACGGGGACAAUCGACCGCCAAAUUGUGGACCAAACUGUGAAUGUACACACAUGGUUGACAUACCACUUGGAGCUAUUGUUGAAGUUGUGUUGGUUGAUGAAGUGCAGCAAGUGAAUCUUAGUCACCCAUUUCACUUGCAUGGUACGGCAUUUUAUGUGGUAGGACUAGGUCGAUCACCAAAUAAGUCAAUAAAAAAAAUUAACCUAAAGCAUGCUUUGGAACUGGAUCAAAUGGGAAUGCUUGAGCGUCAUUUUUCUAAGCCCCCACUUAAGGAUACAAUAGCUGUUCCUAACAAUGGAUAUGUUGUAAUACGUUUUCGCGCAGACAAUCCAGGCUAUUGGCUUUUUCAUUGUCAUUUUCUUUUUCAUAUCGUCAUAGGCAUGAAUCUUAUCUUUCAUAUCGGUACUAUAGCUGACCUGCCCCCAGUUCCACCACGAUUUCCCACAUGUGGCGACCAUGUGCCGCCGGUUACAUGGUACUAGUCUAGUGGUAUAUAUAUUUUAUUAACAUCUUAUUAAGAUAUAUUAUUACUAAUUUAUUGCUUAGUUAACCAUUAAAACAAAAUUGUAAAAUUUUCACAAUGCUGUUUAAAGAUAAUAAUUUAAUGUUUUAAUUUAUUAAUAUUACAUUCAAAUAGAAGCAAUAAAACUUUCUUAUAAACAGAAAACAUUUAGCAAUUUAAGUUUUUUUAUUCGUUUCUAACCAUUCUAAUGUUAAUAUUAAUUUAUAGUCGCUUCAGAUGCUGAUCAUCUCAUAUCACUUAUCGAUGAAGUAUCUUAUAUAUCACCACCUUCCCCGAUGCUAUCACAGUAUAAUGAUAUACCUCAAGAGUAUUACUGUAAUGGGGAUAAUAGGCCAGUCGAUUGCGGCGAAAACUGUCAGUGUACUCAUAAAAUAGAUAUACCUCUUAAUGCAAUAGUUGAGGUCGUGCUGGUGGAUGAAGUUCAACAGAUAAAUAUAAGCCAUCCAUUUCAUUUGCACGGUACUUCUUUUUAUGUACUAGGACUUGGACGCUCCCCGGAUAAGCAAAUUAAACGUAUGAACUUAAAGCAUGCCCUGGAGCUUGACAAACGUGGAUUGUUGGAAAGACAAUAUUUGAAACCUUCCUUAAAGGAUACAGUUGCUGUACCAAACAAUGGAUAUGCUAUUUUAAGAUUUCGUGCAGAUAACCCUGGAUUCUGGCUUUUUCAUUGUCAUUUCCAAUACCACAUUGUAAUAGGCAUGAAUUUGGUGUUUCAAAUAGGUACGCUCAAUGACUUGCCUCCGAUCCCACCUAAUUUCCCUCGUUGUGGCAACCAUUUACCAUCCAUAAUGACGUAAAGUCUAUUUAAUCACCUCAUUCUUAGAUAUUUCAUAUGCAUAAAAGAAAGCCUAGAGACAAUAUAAUAUCCUAUAAGCAAUUAUGAUUGCAGCUUCUCAUCUAAUAAAAAUUAAAUUUAAAUUAAAUUUCACUUUAGUGGUACCCAUGUAAGCCCACUGGAAAGUAUGUGAGAGGAUGAACACGUUCAAGUAAUGUAGCGGGAAACCACUUAUGGUGUAAAUGAUCGUGUAAAUAAUUAUAAUAUGUUAACAAUUACGUCUCUGCAAACAAGAUUUAUCAAAAUGUUAGUGAAAAAACGAUCUUAACUAGUUUCCAUUUUUUUUAUAAAUGGCUUAAAGGGAUUUUUUUAGCAUAGCCAAUAAUCAUAUUCAAUCUCCGGGGUUACAAGCAAUAACAAUAGGACAAUCUAAAAUAUGUAUAUAUCUCAACGGAAAAGUCAAAUAAAGCAUUAAAAUUAACUUAUGGUUUGAGGAAACUGUAGCUCAGGUCACAUCGUCUUUGCCCCGAAGUGCAAGAGUCUUAACAAGAAAAAAAUUUACUGCAUAAUUAAACAAAAUAGAAAGGGAAUCGUAGGAGAAGCGACGUUGUAUCGGUAAACCUCUAUAUUAACUUUAUCGCCUUCCUUGUAAGACAUUUUAUCACCAAACUAGAUAACGAAAGGGGAAACAAAGACGGAAGGUUAUAACGAUGCUCUUGGUUAGAUGGGGUCCGUCACAAAAUUUAUGUGUCGUGGUGGCGCUACCAGAUAUCGACCCGAUACCUAGAGUACAUUAAUGCAAUAAUCGACGCUAUUUGCGGAAAAACAGGAGUGUUGCGUCCAGGCAGUCCGAGGAUCAGCUCGAAGGACCAAUACAGUCAAGUCGGCGGUUCAAACUUCCAGCGAUCGUGGAAUCGAAAGUCUACCGAUGUUAGAAAAUAAGAAACUAACUACAAUGUAUUUAGGCUCAAGUCCACACAAACGUGGUUCACAAACGGACUCUGAACACGACUUCAACGUGAGUUAUACUGCAGGAGUACCCCUCCCGAUCACUGUCUGACACUAAGUGAUCUGUCAGAGCCAGCUGUCGCGCUUAUAUAGGUUCUUUCGCGAUUAUCUUAAAUGGGAUAACACAAUUUAUAGUUUCAGUUUCUCAUCCAAACUCACAUUACAUGUAAUAAAAGUGUGUCUUAAAUAAUAUCCGAUUCGAUUAGUUUUGAAAAU